AUGACUGAUUCCCAGCUUGCCAAAGAGGUGGCUCGGAUGGAGCUCCCGGUUGCUUAUGAGAAGCCCGCUGUCACUGGUGUUUCUCUGCCUCCAGAUGAGACCACCUCAACCACCGAAGAGAACACGGCUGUUGAUGUUGGCGCGUCAGCUUUGCCCAUCAAGUCGAUGAACACUGAAAGCUUCAAGGCUGCCACUGCUGGAACAAAGUUGCCUGGUCCAGUUGACAAGAACGUUGGAUCGAAGCCAAUCAACACGAACAUCGCCCCAGCUCAUAUUGGCAAUCCUGCUGCGAUGGACGAGACUUUAAAUCAGUUUCUUCUCGCAGCAGAUCGGCCCAUAAGCGUCGCAAGUGGAGCUUUGACGAAGAUGAGGAAGCUCUCGUCGACAUCAAGCAGAGAAGUGAAGAGUUUUAUCGUCAGAUAG